ACUCGGCACCAGCUCGGCCGCGACGCCUUCCUGGGGGAGGUGUGGCGCUGGAAGGAGGAGAAAGGCGACCGCAUUUACCAGCAGCUGCGGCGCCUCGGAGCCUCCAUGGACUGGGAGCGCGCCUGCUUCACCAUGGACCCCAAAAUGAGCCGGGCGGUGACCGAGGCCUUCGUGAGGCUGCACGAGCAGGGCCUGAUCUACCGGAGCCGGCGCAUCGUGCACUGGAGCUGUGCCCUGCGCUCGGCCAUCUCUGACAUCGAGGUGGAGAAACGGGAGCUGGGGGGUCGCACCUUGCUGCAGGUGCCGGGCUACGAGGAGCCCGUGGAGUUUGGGGUGCUGGUGGCCUUCGCCUACCCCCUGGAGGGGGCAGGGCAGGGCGAGGACUCCGAGCUCGUGGUGGCCACGACGCGGCUCGAGACCAUGCUGGGGGACGAGGCCGUGGCCGUGCACCCCGAGGACCCCCGGUACCAGCACCUGCGGGGCAGGUACGUCCUGCACCCGUUCACGGGGCGGCGCCUGCCCGUGCUGCACGACGCCUUCGUGGACCCCCAGUUUGGCACAGGUGCGGUUAAGAUCACCCCCGCCCACGACGCCACCGACUUCGAGGUGGGGCAGCGCCACGGGCUGGGCGUGGCCACGGUCAUCGCCGAGGACGGCACCAUGGUCAACGUCCCCGCCCCCUUCCAGGCCAUGCCCCGGUUCAAGGCCCGCUCGCUGCUGCUGGAGACCCUCAAGGAGCGGGGGCUGUUCCGGGGGGUCACCGAGAACCCCAUGGUGGUGCCCAUCUGCAGCCGCUCCAAGGACGUGCUGGAGCCCCGGGCCGUGCCCCAGUGGUUCGUGCGCUGCCAGGGCCUGGCCGGGGCCGCGGCGGCCGCCGUGCGCAGGGGGGACCUGAGGCUGCACCCGGCCGGGCACGCGCGCACCUGGUUCACCUGGAUGGACAACAUCAGGGACUGGUGCAUCUCCCGGCAGCUCUGGUGGGGCCAUCGCAUCCCCGCCUAUUUCGUCACCAUCAGCGACCCCCGAGUGCCCCCCGGACAGGACGAGGACGAGCGGUUCUGGGUCAGCGGCCGCUCCGAGGACGAGGCUCGGGCCAAAGCGGCCGCAGCCUUUGGGGUCAGCCCGGAACUGGUCAGCCUGAGGCAAGACGAGGACGUUCUGGACACCUGGUUCUCCUCCGGCCUCUUCCCCUUCUCCAUUUUUGGGUGGCCCGACCAGACCCCCGACCUGGAGCGCUUCUACCCGGGCUCGCUGCUCGAGACCGGCCACGACAUUUUGUUCUUCUGGGUGGCUCGGAUGGUGAUGCUGGGGCUGGCCCUGACGGGGCGGCUGCCCUUCCGUGAGGUUUACCUCCACGCCAUCGUCCGCGACGCCCACGGGCGCAAAAUGAGCAAAUCCCUGGGGAACGUCAUCGACCCCCUGGACGUCAUCACGGGGGUGACGCUGCAGGAGCUGCACCUGCAGCUCGAGAGCAGCAACCUGGACCCUGCGGAGCUGGAGCGAGCCCGGGAGGGGCAGAAACGCGACUUUCCCGAGGGGAUCCCCGAGUGCGGCACGGACGCGCUGCGCUUCGCCCUCUGCGCCUACACGGCCCAGGGUAGGGACAUCAACCUGGACGUGGGGCGGGUUUUGGGGUACCGGCACUUCUGUAACAAGGUCUGGAACGGGGCCCGCUUCGUGCUGCGGGCGCUGGGGGAGGGGGUACCGGCCCCCCCCCGACACACAGGUACCCCCGAGACCCCCCCCGAGACACCUCUGAACCCCCCCAACCCCACCUGA